AUGGCUAAGACCAUUGCAAUUCCUGUUGAUGGACCAGAGAGCAUUGAGUUUGAUCCACAAGGAGAAGGUCCUUAUGCUGCGGACAUAAACGGCCGUAUUCUCAAGUGGUGCGGCGGUGAUCACCGACGUCAAAUAGCCGCUCACAGGGAUAACCAUUUCUUCAAUCCUGAGAACGAAAACCCGAGCAAGCAAUAUGACGCCGCCACCGCGCCACAACCGAGACCUGAAAUUCUACCUCCGCCCCCACCAACCCAUAAAAGGAAUCCCGAGCGAACUGAGGAUGCCAACGCUCCGGCUCCACGCCGAAGAAUAAACAUGAUCAUGGGUGGUCUGGCGACUUGCCGCGACUCGGUCCGUUCUAUCAAAGCUUAUCGACGGGGACUAGAGGCCAAGCGAGGAUGGUUAGCUCAAAGCACGCCACCUACUACGAACUCCGACCCAAUCGUGUUCACAGAAGCCGACGCAUCAGGUCUCACUGGACCUCAUAACGACCCACUGGUGGUCGAAAUGGAGAUCGGCGAGAGCAUGGUCACCAAAAUCUUGAUCGACACAGGAAGUUCGGUAAACGUCAUUUUCAAAGACGUGCUCAUUCAAAUGGAAAUAGACUUGCGGACCACCGAACACGAUGUUCAACCCCUCACCGGAUUCGACGGCGACACAGUAAUGACGGAAGGUACGAUCAUGCUGCCGGUCUAUGUGGGUGGGACGAUGCAUUGUAUCAACUUUGCUAUCGUCGAUAAGCCGAUCGUAUACAACGUCAUCCUCGGCACUCCUUGGUUGCAUAUGAUGAAGGUCGUGGCGUCAACUUACCACCAGUGCGUAAAGUUCCCAACUCCUAGAGGAAUAUUUACACUACAAGGGGACCCGCUGGUAGCACGAACCUGCUUCAUCAUCGAGCGUCAACAACGACACGCCCGGACGUUCACCGUUUCGAACUCAGCCGAGCGCCCAGACGGUCGCGUUCGCCCUAACUCCGAAUCAAUCGUCCAAGUAAACAUUGACUCUUCCGACGCAACUCGAUGCGUGGGAAUCGGAGCCGACCUACCACAACCAAUCAAGGACGAGCUCGUAAAGUUCCUGUGCCAGAACGCAGCGACCUUUGCAUGGAGCAUGAACAGUAUGACCGGCAUCGACCCAAAUGUAACAUGCCACGAGCUCAAUGUGGACUCGACGUUCAAACCGAUCAAACAAAGGCGUCGAAAGCUCGGACCGGAGCGUACCGCCGCCGUUAACGAGGAGGUCAAGAAACUACUCGAGGCUGGAUCCAUCCGUGAGGUUAAGUAUCCUGACUGGCUGAGCAAUCCUGUAGUGGUGAAGAAAAAGAACGGCAAGUGGCGAGUGUGUGUCGAUUUUACCGAUCUCAACAAGGCAUGUCCAAAGGAUAGCUUUCCCCUGCCGCGCAUCGACCAACUAGUUGAGGCGACCGCGGGGAACGAGCUCUUGUCAUUCAUGGAUGCGUACUCAGGAUACAACCAAAUUAUGAUGCACAAGAACGAUCAGGAGAAAACGGCCUUCAUCACCGAUCAGGGAACUUACUGUUACAAGGUUAUGCCAUUCGGCCUCAAGAACGCUGGUGCAACCUAUCAGCGCCUCGUCAACCGCAUGUUUGCCGAGCAGCUCGGACGAACCAUGGAAGUUUACAUCGAUGAUAUGCUGGUCAAGUCAACCCAGGCCGUUGAUCACGUCUUGCAUCUCGCUCAGUGUUUUGAAGUGCUAAACCGAUACAAUAUGAAGCUGAACCCAGCCAAGUGUUCGUUCGGCGUGACUUCUGGAGAAUUCUUAGGAUACCUCGUCACGAAGAGAGGUAUCGAAGCUAACCCGAAACAAAUUUCGGCGCUCACCAACCUCCCAUCUCCACGCAACACCCGAGAAGUUCAGCGCCUCACCGGGCGGAUCGCUGCUCUGAACAGAUUUAUUUCACGCUCUACCGAUAAGUGUCUACCUUUCUACCAGUUGCUUCGUAGCAACAAAAAGUUCGAAUGGGAUGAUAAGUGCGAGUCUGCUUUCCAAGAACUCAAGCACUACCUAGCUACUCCCCCUGUCCUAGCAAAGCCCGAUCAGGGCGAAACUCUAUAUCUGUACAUCGCUGUCUCCGGUUCGGCGGUCAGUGGCGUACUAAUCAAGGAGGACAGAGGAGAACAACACCCAAUCUUCUAUGUGAGCAAAAGCUUAGACGGAGCCGAGCUCCGAUAUCCCACGUUGGAAAAACUCGCUUACGCUGUGGUAAUUUCGGCUAGGAAGCUUCGGCCGUAUUUUCAAUCCCACACUGUUGAAGUCUUAACCAACCAACCCCUGCGAACCAUCCUCCACAGCCCCAGUCAAUCGGGCCGCCUGGCGAAGUGGGCAGUGGAACUCAGCGAGUACGACAUCGAAUAUAAAAACCGCACUUGUGCAAAAUCUCAGGUGCUCGCUGAUUUCUUGAUCGAACUUCCCCCCGAGCUAGAGUUCGGCUGUCCGCGAGAGGAGAAGUGGACACUGCACGUGGAUGGCGCAUCCUCUCGCCACGGCUCCGGGAUCGGCAUUCACCUCGUUUCACCAACGGGUGAAGUACUCGAACAAUCGUUCCGACUCGCCUUUCCCGCCUCGAACAACGAGGCCGAGUACGAAGCCCUAAUCGCCGGAAUGCGAUUGGCAAGUGGAAUAGGGGUGAAAAAGAUACAAGUCUUCUGUGACUCACAGCUGGUAACUCACCAGUUUAGCGGCGAUUACGAGGCGAAGAACGACCGCAUGGAUGCCUACCUCCGAGUUGUCCAAGAUAUGUCCAACAAUUUUGAGACAUUCGAGCUGAACAAAAUUCCCCGAAGUGACAACGCACCGGCCGAUGCUCUGGCCGUCCUCGCAUCCACCUCCGACNCAUUUGCAGGCACGAAAUUCCGUAUGAGAUCGUCACCGACAACGGCGCGCAAUUCACUUCGCUCCAAUUCGAAAUUUUUUGCGCAAAGUGGAGAAUCCGUUUGA